UCCAUGAGAUCAGGAGGCCCUAGACGGAGCCCCAGAGCUACCAGAGGAAAAGGAACCCUAGAAGGAGAUGGAGGAGGAGCAACCACAGGGAGAGGAAGAGGACAGGAGGGUGCAGCUCGAAGAGGGGUCAGGCAGGAUGAGGACUGAAAACUGUCCUCAAGCCUGGGCCCCAGGUAGGCCUGGGGUUGGCUCUGGAAGCUCAGCGGUGUCCAUGUGUCUGCAGGGACCUUAAAGGAUGCACGGUGGUCGGAGCUGUGACUUGGAGGACGAAUCCUGGGCACUUUAGAAGAAGAAAGAUGUUGAAUGAGGAAGCAGCAACGUGGGAAGUGAGGCCAUAGUAAACACAGUUGUGAAGGAACUAUUUGCCAUGGAAGCCAGGGAGCUGGAGAGCCCCACACCCACAUACCAUCUCAUUCCUGAGGCCAGCCGGCCCAGGGAGGAAGAAGAUGUCAGCAUGCUGCCUCAGCGGUCCACAGAAACUAUGCAGCUAAAGAAGGAGAUCUCUCUGCUGAAUGGGGUCAGCCUGGUGGUGGGCAACAUGAUCGGCUCAGGAAUCUUUGUCUCACCCAAGGGCGUGCUGGUCUACACUGCCUCCUAUGGGUUGUCGCUGAUCAUAUGGGCCAUUGGUGGGCUUUUCUCCGUUGUGGGUGCCCUUUGCUAUGCAGAACUGGGGACCACCAUCACCAAGUCGGGGGCCAGCUACGCUUAUAUUCUAGAGGCCUUUGGGGGCUUCAUUGCCUUUAUCCGCCUCUGGGCCUCCCUGCUAAUUGUUGAGCCCACCAGUCAGGCCAUUAUCGCUAUCACCUUUGCCAACUACAUCAUCCAGCCCUCCUUUCCCACCUGCGAGCCCCCGUACCUGGCCUGCCGUCUCCUCGCUGCAGCCUGCAUGUGUCUGCUGACGUUUGUGAACUGUGCCUACGUCAAGUGGGGCACACGUGUGCAGGACACAUUCACUUACGCCAAGGUCCUGGCACUCAUUGCCAUCAUUGUCAUGGGCCUUGUUAAACUGUGCCAGGGACACUCUGAGCACUUUCAGGAUGCCUUUAAGGGUUCCUCCUGGGACUUGGGAGACCUCUCUCUCGCCCUGUACUCUGCCCUCUUCUCUUACUCAGGUUGGGACACCCUUAAUUUUGUAACAGAAGAAAUCAAAAACCCAGAAAGAAAUUUGCCCCUGGCCAUUGGGAUUUCUAUGCCGAUUGUGACACUCAUCUACAUCCUGACCAACGUGGCCUAUUACACAGUGCUGAGCAUUUCAGAUGUCCUUGGCAGUGAUGCCGUGGCUGUGACAUUUGCUGACCAGACAUUUGGCUUGUUUAGCUGGACCAUUCCCAUUGCUGUUGCCCUGUCCUGCUUUGGGGGCCUCAACGCAUCUAUCUUUGCUUCAUCAAGGUUGUUUUUUGUGGGCUCCCGUGAGGGCCACCUCCCGGACCUUCUCUCCAUGAUCCACGUUGAGCGUUUUACACCCAUCCCUGCUUUAUUGUUCAAUUGUACCAUGACACUCAUCUACCUCACUGUGGAGGAUGUCUUCCUGCUCAUCAACUACUUCAGCUUCAGCUACUGGUUCUUCGUGGGCCUGUCUGUCGCUGGACAGCUCUACCUUCGCUGGAAGGAGCCCGAGCGGCCCCGGCCUCUCAAGCUGAGCCUGUUUUUUCCCAUCGUGUUCUGCAUAUGCUCCUUGUUUCUGGUGGUUGUGCCCCUCUUCAGUGACACCAUCAAUUCCCUCAUUGGCAUCGGGAUUGCCCUCUCUGGGGUCCCCAUCUACUUCCUGGGUGUUUAUCUGCCAGAGUCCCGGAGACCACUCUUUAUUCGGAAUGUCCUUGCUGCUAUCACCAAAGUCACCCAGAAGCUUUGCUUUUGCGUCCUGACCGAGCUAGAUGUAGCUGAAGAGAGACAGGUUGAGAGGAAAACUGAGUAGAGGCCAGAGGUGAUAUCCCCUGAGGCCUGGAAGGCCGCUACCUGUGGCCACAGCCACCGAAGUCCAGAUGACAAGACUGUGUGGACCCAACUCUCUUAUACUCAAGGAGGGCUGUUGGCCCACAUUAUGUAAGUGGGCUCAGGGCUGAUGGCCUGCUCAGGUGGUUACUCUCAUCGGUAAGCUAUGGGUCUCAGGGUCUGGGGCCAGCCCGAAGGUGGGGACUUCAGAGGGUGGUGGUGGCAGAGGGCUCGGGGAAUAGGGGAAUGGUUGCUUAGUUUUGUUCCUGGUGAGUAGGUGCAGCCCUUGCAAACACUUACUUGGUGAGCUGCAUUGGGGGAAGAGGGAGUGCUAGGUUAAUAGCUGUGGCUGUUGGUUUCUGAAUUUAUUUGAGGUUUGAACCAGGAGUUUCUACAAAGGGGCUGCUCUAUGGGAAGUUUUCCUCUGACCAGGUCCAAGCAUCUGACAUUAGAGGCCUGAAAUGCUACCUUUCUUCCUCUGGCUCAAAAUCCUUCCCUGGUGAAAGAGUUGUAUUCUAUUAUUUAUUGAUAUUAUUUAAUCCAGGACACCAGUUCUAGCAAAGCAUUGGUGUUCAUUAAUCUACAGGAUGCAGUAGGCUGAUUGUGUUUAAAAAUUCAAAGUAUCCCAAAGCAAGUCCCUCUGACCUUAGAGGUGUCAUGUGGUAGUGGUGGGUCAGACUCUGACCACAGAUUGUUCUGCUCGGUUUUAGCACAGUCUUCUGUUGAGUCUUACCUGCAGAGGUGAACUUUAAAGAUUUUUUACUCAUGUACCAGUUACACUUCAGUAUACAGAUAGGUCACAUGUUACAAGCACCUGGCUCAAGUUCUACAAGGGCAGGUGAACAAAUUCAUGAGUCAGAGGUCUGGUAAUAUUGCUAUUUUGAAAGAUAAUCCUUUAUUUUACUUGAGACCUUAGGUCUUUGUUCUAGUUGACAAAAAGCAAAUCCCUGGGUUUCUGGUAUGAACUCUAAAAGGGGAGAAACUGUCCUAGGAUUCAGGUGAAUCACUUGAAUUCUUUUAGCUGUCAAUGGUUUAGAGAACAUCUCCUGGACCCAAACUGACAAGUAGCUUCUUCCUCUCUGUAAGGGCCGGUAUGAGGGGCUGCUGUGCAGGCCCAUGCAAGCCCAUCUUGGUGCUAGAAGUGGUCAUUUUUCUGAAAACCUCACACCAGGCUGCAUCCUCCUCCUCUUCUGUCCCUGACACCAGGCUUGUUUUACACUGAGCCACCUUGGUGUGGAUCAUCGGGAUAAUGCACUCAUCUCCUGCCUGCCUCCCCUUGCCUGAGGUCUGGUGGGGCUGCAGUCUCAGGAAGAGCUUGGUACUUUGGAGACUUCUAUUUUCUCUGUGGAGAUCAGUGAAGACUCUGGAAAUAAAGCUGCUUCAACCUCCAUCAGCAGAUUCAUGAUCGGAAGCAACUAAUUCUGGUGCUCAGGCUGUGCUUUAGCACCCAGGUCUGGCCAAAGGGGUAGGUUUGCCCUAAUGGAUGUUCCUUCAUGGACCACAUGGCUGCACUGGAUUGGACAACUGUCCUGUGAUGCUUCUAGACACUGUCAUCCUGGACCCAGAAGAACCUGCUGGCUUGGUAUGCCCCAUGGGCUUCUUGUCCUUAGGUUUUAAAAUUGGUCAAUGAUAAAGACGGGAACUAUGAGGCAAUCUACCUUUCUGACCAUUCUUCUCCACCAAACCGGCCCCAGUUGCAGACGAGGGACUAACCUUGGUCACACUUGCUCAAUAAAGGCAAUUUAGGUGAGCAUGCUCACAGCUGCCUUUGGUUCAGGGCAUGCAUGCAUCUGUGAGAACAUGGGAGUACAUUCCUACUGUCAUGGGUUGGGGAUUUGCCUGACAACAGGGAGUCUUGUGCAAACGCUGACUUGCCCAGACUGUAAACAUGACUCCUGUCUGACCCAAUCUGGCACCUAUCCCAGGGAUCCUCUGGAGCUAAUUCUUCAAGCAGACUACACUUGUCUUUGAAGGAUCCCUGACCCAGGCUUUAGUUUUCUCUAUUGAAGUAAAUGACCAGCUGAUCUUGGGAACUUGUUGCCUCCCAGUGGCUCCAGGGGGAAGCAAGGCCCUCACACUCCAGGUGCCCUAGUACUUGCUUAGUGAGCCCUGUCACCCUCCUCUCAUUACUGGAUGGUGACCGCAUUCUUCCCCUCUGUGCUGGAUACAGACUUCUCCCAGGAAGCCUUCUGAGGGAGGGAUGCCAGAGACUCCUUACAGCACUCAAGCUUCCUAGUGGAAUUAAUUUCUGCGAGGUCUUUGUUGUUUAUCUCCUUCAAUCCUUUUCCUGGUGUGCUAAUCCCUUUUGCAGUGGGUACAGUUUGUGAAGCUGUCAGCCCUUUAAUGUUGGCAAACUGUAAAUGAGUACAGAAACAGCAGUGAGCACAUUAUAAUGGCAGAGUGGUUUUCAAUCCUUUGUUUCUAUGCUUAUAGGAGACUGAGAUGACUAGUAUUAGAUCUGUAAGUUGCUGCCUGUUAUUGCAGCACUGAAUUGCACCUUAGUGGAUAGUUAGGUUGGGAAACCAAGUCUGUUUGUUGGUUUUAUAACUGCAAUAGUAGGGCCCGAGUAUACACACACAUGGAAAUUAAUCACUUUGGGAGGUUUAACAACUUGUAGAUAAGAAGAUAAAGAUAUACAAAAAAUAUAAAGUGAAAUGGGUGCAGGUAGGAUAGAAAAGUAGAGAUGCUUAUGGAAUCUUAGAAUUGGCAGGAAGAAGACAUUUCCUUGUGUAAUUUAUCUUCCCAUGUGAUAAUAAGUCUGUGCCACAGGGCAAGAGGGCACACCUUGAAUCAAAGUUUCUGUAUAUUGUUUCCCUAGACCUGUGCAGUCCAGUAUGGUAGCUACUAGCUACAUGUAGCUAGUUAAGUUAAAUAAAAUUUAAAAAUUCAGUUGCACUAAUCACAUUUCAAGUGCUCAACAGCCAUAUGUGGCUAAUGGCUACUAUUGCACAGUGCAGAUAUAGAACCUAUUCGCCACUGCAGAAUAAAUGCUAACUCAGUCAGAGUUAAGGCAUUUGUGGUUUGGAAAGGAAUAGGGAAAGAGAGUGUGCUUACAAGAGAUACCAAUUUUGGUAAAUAAAAAUUGGUCCUGUUGACUGUAGUUUGUUUUUGGUGAGUGCUGUGUCUAGUUAAACAUUUCUCAAUGGAAAGCCAAGUUUAGGAUGUGCUUUGCUUUUCCUCACUUGCCUUAAGUUCUUAGUGUCUGAAACUUCUCACCAACCCCUCCCCCUUUUGGUGGGGGGUAAAAGGAUCAGGGAGUAUGGUGGGAAAGCAUAUAAGAUAGUCAGAUUUAAAAAGGUUUUAAAGGAAUUACUUGCUCUCUUGUUCAAAGUUAGUUUUUAUUAAAGAGAUUCAUACAUACCCUGUUCCUUGGCACCACUGCCAGAGGAAACUAGCAAUCUUUACAGCCAUUAUCAGAGUCAGGAAGCAGGGAGCUCUUAGCUUUUAACUAAAACCUCUCAUGGCUCAGGCAGAUUUCUACUUUCUUUCCUAAUGGCCAUUACUAUCCAGUCUGUGCCACUACAAGGGACCCACUGCAGCCCUUCUAGACUCUAUCAAAAGAAACAGCCUUUUACUGGAGGCAGGUGGCCUGGGAAAGCCCAGUCUUAGUGCUGACAAAACGGGAGACUCUCUUCCCCUUAAUUGGCUUUGGCGUAGGAGGAGAAUGGGAAUGCAGGUAAAAUGUCUGGGCCAGGAAGCUUCACUUUCACAGCAUCUCCCCCGCCCCCAGACUCUAAGGUCAGUUUUGAUUGAGACAAAGGGGGGCCCUACAGAUAGUAGAAAAGACGGACUCCCUUAGUGCAAGUUUUCACCAUGGUGGAAUGGUGCUGUUGGAUAUGCUUUUUCCUUCCACGUGUUAAGCUAGGAAACCCGAGAGGAUGUUAACUAGUGUAGCUGACACUGCAGUCACAGAAACUUCAGGGGCUUGUGGUAGAACCUCAUGGAUAUCACAGGAUCAUUAGUCUGAAUCCAGGUCAUGGGGGCUGUCAUAGCCAAAUUCCUUCUGCACAUCCAAAGGGUAUUUGCUCCACAUCUGUGGUCCUCUGUUGUCUCCUUCUUCUUCACUGAGGCUGUUGUAAUCAUCAGAGACUAGAAUGAGAUAACAGGAAUGGGCUCUAAUUGUAUGGUUUUCUAAAUGACCACAAAAGCCCCUUCCCUUCUCAAAAAAGUCUGUUUUGUUUCCUAUUAUAAAAUACUUGCUCAAUAAAGAGAAUAUAGAACAAUUUUUAAAAAAGCAAUAAACUUCUUACCAUGUAAA